UGUUACAGCUCUGACUGGAGAGCACAGCAGCCACUCGCCUGAAAUUGAGUAGAAUUCAUUGAAUCUGCGGAUUUCAUGACGUUUCCCUGCGUGGUCCAACACUUUUCUCUCUGCCUGUGCUUUUUUAUUCCGCCCGGGUCUUACCCCCCCUGCUGUCUGAUCUCCUCCAGGUCUCAUUUAACUCUGUCCUAGCAACACAGAGCGAAUUGGACUUGAAUACGGCACCUGGCUGUGUAUGUGGGGAAGCCAAACUGGAUCAAGAGGUGGGCGAGCAGCGGGGAGGAUGGAGGCGCGAGAGAGCAGCUUAGGGUCGAGGUAAAACUGAGCAUCAUCUUAUUUUUUUUUAAUCCAUCAUUGAGUGAACAAUCAGCCAACAACAUCCUGCUCCAUUCCAAAAAAGAAAAUCAUGAUUGAAUGAAAACAACCUGCCACAAACAGGAGAAGCACAAAAGAGAGAAAGAGAUGGCCAAAUUGACAGAGUCGAUGACUAGCGUACUUGAAGAAGACUCAAUGGAGCAGGACGUGGAGAGCCCUGUCACGAUUCAGCAGCCAAAGUUGCCCAAACAAGCUAGAGAGGAUCUUCCAAAACACAUAAGCAAAGUAUGUACCAAGAGAAAAAUUCAGAGGUAUGUUAGGAAAGAUGGGAAAUGCAACGUACACCAUGGGAACGUGAGAGAGACUUAUCGUUAUCUGAGUGAUAUCUUCACUACCUUAGUCGACCUCAAAUGGAGGUUCAACCUUUUGAUUUUUGUCAUGGUUUACACUGUGACAUGGCUCUUCUUUGGAAUGAUCUGGUGGCUAAUUGCUUACAUCCGAGGUGAUAUGGAACAUAUAGGAGACAGUACAUGGACCCCAUGUGUCAGUAACCUCAAUGGGUUUGUCUCAGCCUUUUUAUUCUCAAUAGAGACAGAAACCACCAUCGGGUAUGGUUAUCGGGUCAUCACGGACAAAUGUCCCGAGGGAAUUAUUCUGCUUUUAGUUCAGUCUGUUUUAGGUUCUAUUGUCAAUGCUUUCAUGGUUGGUUGCAUGUUUGUGAAAAUAUCCCAGCCCAAGAAGAGGGCAGAAACUCUGGUCUUUUCUACCAACGCAGUCAUUUCCAUGCGGGAUGGGAAGCUGUGCCUGAUGUUCCGAGUAGGGGACCUUAGGAAUUCACACAUUGUGGAGGCAUCAAUACGAGCCAAGUUGAUCAAAUCUAAACAGACAAAGGAGGGGGAAUUUAUACCACUCAACCAGACAGAUAUCAACGUAGGUUAUUACACAGGGGAUGAUCGUCUCUUUUUGGUUUCACCACUGAUCAUCAGCCAUGAAAUUAACCAGCAGAGUCCUUUCUGGGAGAUUUCCAAAGACCAAUUGCCCAAAGAGGAACUAGAAAUUGUUGUAAUUCUAGAAGGCAUGGUGGAGGCAACAGGAAUGACAUGCCAAGCGCGAAGUUCUUAUGUAACCAGUGAGAUCCUGUGGGGUCAUCGUUUUACACCUGUCCUCACGCUGGAGGAUGGAUUUUAUGAAGUUGAUUACAACAGCUUUCAUGAAACAUAUGAGACCAACACACCAUCUUACAGUGCCAAAGACCUGGCAGAGAUGGCCAGCCGAGUAGAACUGCCCCUGACUUGGUCUGUGUCCAGCAAACUAAACCAGCAUGCUGACCUGGAAACUGAAGAGAGGGGAAAGAACCAUGAAGACCAAACUGAAAGGAAUGGUGACGUGGCAAACUUAGAGAAUGAAUCCAAAGUUUGAACCAGCAGAAGUUCACCACACAACCUCUUUUUUCUUUUUGAUCCUUCCCUUUUUUUAUUAUGAUGACAAGAAAAGAAAUAUUUAAGGUUUGAAAUGUCUACCUGCCCAAACAAAUCAAGAGAUUCAUAAAAUAAGCAAAGACGUGGGUUAAAGCUGCAAUAUCCCUUAUAUACAAUGAAAUCUCUGAUCACUGCCCUUCCAAUAAUUGCAUAUUUCCUCUGGAUAAAUACAAGUUUAUGACCACAGGUGUGUUUAAAAAGGAACCAAAAAAGGGGGGGGGGAGCAAGACUCAGUAUCUGGGAUAAUAAAAGGAAAGACUGUGAUUAAUGUUUGCUAAUACCAUGGGGCUUGGCUCUAAUUUUUAUAUAUUUCAAGACAGUUUCAUAAACAGGAUGUGAUGCCUCCAAUGAAAAUGGGCAUUGCAGCUUUAAGACCGAGGUGAGCAGAAAGAGCUGCAGUUCAACAGGAUACUGUAUAUAUGCCUUAUGUAAUUACUUUCUCUUUACAUUUAGUAAUAAACCCAGCAUGUACAAAAGUACUGUAGUAAAGAACUUCUAAAUAAUGUACAUAGAUGUGUAAUUAAUGUAGGUUUAGAUACAUAAUUCUAGAAAUAUUGGGAUGCAAAAAAUUGAAUAGGCAUUUCUGUUUUAAUAUUUGGAGUAUAUUAGUUUCUCUCCUAUAUAUCUGGCCCUUUUAGUGCACAACAUUUUCUUCAGUGUACCAGACUGGCAGCUAUUUAGACCUCACUGUUUCCCUAACAAAUCAUUUUACUGAUUCUAAAAAGCCAUAAAUCUGGGGGGAGGGCAGGGUGGAGAAAUUGAAACCUUACUGAUAUACUGUGAAACUGUUUACAAAAAUGAUUCUAUCUUUUGUAAUAUUAUAGGGUAAACCAUUCCUGGCUACUUUUGGCAGUUCAGCCUGAAUUAGACUGUGGCAGAUUCUUGGAAAACACAAGAAUCUCUAGUACACUGUUAAUAUAAAAAGCAUGUUCAUGUUGGGCUAGGACCCUGUAAGCAGGGCCGGCUCCAGGCACCAGCUUAACAAGCAGGUGCUUGGGGCGGCCAAGGGAGAGGGGCGGCACCUGCGGCAAUUCGUGGGCGAAUUUAAGGCUGCUCUAGGAGCGAAGGA